CGGGAGGGGGUCAGGGGGGGGGGGGGUUUGGAAGAUGCCGCCGAUGAAGAAGUCCAAGAAGGGGAAGCGGAAGGCCAAGGACUCCGGCAAGCUCAAGGUCGCCAAGUUCCGGGGCGCGCCGCCGCUGCUCCCGCCGGAGCUCCGUGGCCUGGACACCGAGUGGUGGUACGCCUUCCUCUACAAGCACGCCGAGUCAGGCCAUGGUGCACCUUCAGAUGAGGGGGAGGCAUUCAGGUACUUCUUCAGGACUUCGAGGCGGACCUUCGACUACAUCUGCUCCAUUGUGAGGGAAGAUUUGAUCUCGAGGCCGCCAUCUGGGCUGAUCAACAUUGAGGGGAGGCUGCUUAGUGUGGAGAAGCAAGUGGCAAUUGCCAUGAGGAGGUUGGCAUCUGGUGAUUCCCAGGUUUCGGUGGGGGCUGCUUUCGGUGUGGGGCAGUCUACUGUUUCGCAAGUGACGUGGAGGUUUAUCGAGUCCAUGGAAGAGAGGGCUCGGCAUCAUCUGGUGUGGCCGGACCAAGAGAAAAUAGAAGAGGUCAAAGCUACGCUGGAGGCUGCUUACGGUCUGCCGAAUUGUUGUGGUGCCGUUGAUGCCACCCACAUAAUCAUGACGCUUCCUUCUGUUGAGUCAUCUGAAGAUUGGUUCGAUCCGGCGAAGAACUACAGUAUGUUUCUGCAAGGGAUUGUUGAUGAUGAGAUGAGGUUUAUUGAUAUUGUUACCGGUUGGCCUGGCAGCAUGACGUUUUCACGCCUGUUGAAAUGCUCUGAGUUUUUCAAGCUCUGUGAAGCUGGGAAACGUUUGGAUGGUCCCGUCAAAGUUUUGGCAGAGAAUGCAGAGAUCAGGGAAUUCAUUGCUGGUGAUUCGUGUUAUCCUCUACUUCCAUGGCUUAUGACACCAUAUGAAGGGAAAAAUCUGUCUGCCCCAAUACUCAACUUUAAUGCCCGUCAAAAAGCUGCAAGGAUGCUUGGAACAAAAGCAUUGGCUCGGCUGAAGGGAUCCUGGAGGAUCUUACACAAAGUCAUGUGGAGGCCUGAUAAGAAUAAGUUGCCGAGUAUAAUUCUUGUAUGUUGUCUGCUUCACAAUAUACUUAUAGACUGCAAAGACGAUCUGCUUUCUAGUGUUCAACUUCCAGACAAUCAUGAUACUGGUUACAGUGAAGAGAGUUGCGACCAGGUGGAUCCAAAUGGCAAAGUGAUGAGAGAAGUCAUUACAGCACAUCUCCAAAGUUCUGAAGCUCCCAACUGAACUGAACUAUGUUAUUUUGUUUAGUUACCCUUAUUGUAGUCAGACUUGCUGGAUGCAAUUCAGUAAAGAUGCAUCCAGCAAUAUUCUCCAAAAAUGGCAUGAUUUAUUACUUUAGGGAUUUAGCUAGUUGGAAAAGCUAAAUAACUACCCUCAUGCUUGAGAUUAUGUUCGUCAUGAUGUUGACAUUCCCCAUCUUACUGAUGGCCUGAUCUAGUGAUCUUUGCAUAAAGGUUUUUGCAUAAUAUAACUGAA